AGAUGGAGCGCAUGCGUCUGGAAUGGACUCUUGAGAAGAACUCUCUUUGCAGCCGCCACGCUGACGAGUUGCGCCGUGAGCAGGAGAAGGCGGCCGACUUGCAGGAGCGCCAGCAGCAGCAGACGCAAAAGCACUGUCAGGAUCUGGAGCGCGCUCACCAGCGCGACAGCCAGCAGAUGCAAAGCCGCCUGGUGCAGCUGGAGACCUCCUGUGGGGAGCUGAGUGACAGGGACUACCAAAACCAGGCCGCCCUCAGGGACCUCAAGGCCAAACUGGUGGCCGCCAAGGAGGUACGUCUGCCAUUUUUGUCAUAUUCACAGCGCCAGAUAGAGAGCCCAUGAAAACAAUAGUUAGGU